GACUGGGGCUGAGGUCUGGUGUUUGUUUGUUAUGGAGUAGACGAAUUGUAUAGGUUAAAAUUUGAACUAAAUCAGUAAUGGAACAAUCAGAAUUAUUGUUCUUCGAUACAUUUUCUCAUGAGUCUUCAGAGGAGUUAAACCUCGACCUGGUUCAGUUUACAAAGACAGUCUGUGUAACAGAGAUCCGAGUGAUUCCUCUGGGUGCCAGAGUCCAGGCUGAUUUUCCUGGAGGAGUGAGGCUAGGGGCCACCAACCCAUCCCAAUUCAGUAUUGAAUUUUUUGUCAACGACCUGAGCAAGCCUGGAGCCUCUACAUUUGAGAGUGUAGGAGAUAUCGAGUACAACCAGAAUGGGAACAUUCAUGUUGAGUGUGAAAGCAGGAUACCCACUGAUGGGCUGGUGUUGCGGGGUUGGUACACCACCAUUACUCUGGCCGUUUACGGCUUCCUGACUAAAGCUGUGGUGACGGAGCCCCCAGGCCCUGUGUGUACUGCGGGGCCUCUGCAACCUCAGGCAGGAGCCCCACCAGCCCAGGAAUGGGCCCACACUCAGGUGAGUGGAGAUUAUAUGGAGACUAGCCGGGACAUGUACGGACCUGCGACUUACUCAGAGGACAGCUACCCCCACCCUGACUACCCCCCGUACCAGGACAACUGGCCUCAGGCCGAAGGCUACAAGUAUGAGGGUGAGUGGGACCAGAGACCCGGGGAAGAGAAGGCAUGGGAUCGGAAGGAACGAGAACGGGACAUGAGGCAUAGAGAGUUCAGAGAGCAUGGGAGAGAGUGCAGUCCUGAGUAUGAGAGAGGGAGGUAUUACCGUGGUUGGGGUGGCCGGCCUCGCACUCCUCCUCCUCCACACCCCCCUGCUGAAGUUGAAAUGUCUCCGCCUGACCACGGUACCACCAAAAAAGAGUCAACUUCACCUCAAGCGGCGUUUGACUCGUUGUCUCCCGGCGACGUGGAGUCCAUCUCUGAGGGGGAGAUACCAGAGGCGGAGGGGGAGGGGGAGGGAGAGCCACCACCACCACCUGCCGUGGCCACACCUCCCGCUCUGACUCCUCCACCCCCCGCCCUGCCUCCCACCCCACAGGCAGAGGACCACAGUCUGGACGUGGAGCCUUUCGAGCCAAUCUUGAGCGAUGAGGAGAUAGCAGAUGACAGUGACCCCCAGUUUCAGGACAUGGACUACGACUUCUCAGAGUAUCCUGACGAUCCCCUCAAGACAUUCAACCCUUACACUUGCGAGUUGCCGGCCUUGUUGCACCUAAGUGAUCCGGCGAAUGAGCUGCUGCCGAAUGUGGCAGCCUCACGUAUCAGUGAGGUACUACGCAGUGCACCCACAGAACGCACCACUGGCGCGCACAAGGAAGCAUGGGUCCACAGUGUGGAACAGUUGGUGACUCUACUGCCUUGUCAGCUGACUGAUGAAUGUGUGGACCAGAUGAUUUCGUGGGUGGAGGUCGGGUUAGACUUCUCGGAAGCUCUCAACCAACCACAGCCUGGAUACAAGCUGCGGCACAUCAAGGCGGGAGUGAGGCUGGCGGAGGCAAUUUGCCGUUGUGGCGAGCGUGUGACUGAGAGGCUUGUGGCUGCAGUCGAUGUGCAUCAGCGUCUGCUGGACCUGUUUCACCAGGAGUACAUGGCCUUGUCCAUCAAACUGAUGAUCCUGCGGUCGCUGGACGCUGCCCUGCGUUACCGCAGUGCGGUAGAGCGCUUCCUGCGUGCACAGGGCUACCGGAAAUUGGUGGAGAUGGUACGAGGCCGACAGCUGGCUAGGGUGCAGUUUGCCAUUACAUCGUUGCUGCGGAAGCUCAAUGUCUAUGAGGUCCUCAACAAACUAAAUAGAUCUGUUGGUGAACUUGUAAUGGAGGAAGGUAAGGACAGUGAGGCAGAAACAGCAGAAAUUGACUUGGAGAACAUCGCAAAUUCCUUAGAGGAGAUCGUUAGGGUGUACAAUGAUGCCCCAAUGUUGAUCUCUCAACCCAAGAGGUUCCUGCCGGUCUCGGCACAGUUUGAGCUGAGCUGUGUUUCUGCGCCGGACCCGUAUCCGGCACUGAUGACCUACUGUCGCACUCACCGGCUGCUAGAGACGCUGCUGAUCCUGCUCACACACCCGGCCACGUCCUGCUACCCUAGUGUGGUCACCCCGGCCCACGAGCUUCUGGCUUGCCUGCAGGACUCCCAGCAAGGGCUGAGAUUUCUGGCGGCCAUCCCGGACACCAUUAACCCUCUGGUCCGUGGUCUUCUUGGCUCCCAGCCAGACGAUUCUCAGCUCGGCUUGCACCUCGUCUACAGAUUACAAGCUUUGUCCCACGUAGAUGGCCUGCUGCACUGCUACCACCAAAACAAGACCGAUCCGGAUGACCCAGAAGUGUUUGAUCACCUCCAGUCACUGUUCUGCCUCACAUUUUCCGCAGUCGGUAAGAUGGGGGUGGUACACGUUCUGAGCCGAGGUGACCACAUGUCAGUGCUCCUCAACUACUUUAGAGCGAAGACGGUUGAGAAGGACACCAAAGUGAAGAAGUCUCCAGGAAAAUCAUAUGCAGCCGAUUUAAUAACGAUGACAGUAAAGUUUUCUGAUCAUGUUCCGUUCCUUCAAAAAUACAGCAAGGAAUUAAUAGAGAUGAUUGGGAAGGAUUCAGGUCAGGAGUUGAACGAGUUGAUGCCAUGGCUUAAGCCAGUGGAGAACCCUUCGGUGUUCGCCUACGAUGAUAUUUCGUCACUGGUGGAAAUUUUGAAGAAGAACAUCGAAAAUGCAACGUCACUUCCUGGAGAGUUGAUUACUGCCGUCAGAGUGUUGAAGUAUCUUGGGAUUCCACCUCGUGACAAGGAGCUCUCUCUACCGGCUCCGGACUCUUUGGAGUACGUGGAGCUCAAGUACAAGUGUGUCAUCAUUCAGUUGUUCUCACUGGAGGGUGUGACCCAUCUGGGUGCGGUACUGCAGCGGCUUUGUGAACACUACGAGCAACCGUCUCUCCACUCAGCACGACUGGUGGGGCGCCAGGGCCUGUCGCUGCUUGCGCUGCUGCACCCUGCUCUACAGCUGGUGCGCCGCGUGCUCACACAGGUCAUCCGCUGUCGCAACACCGAAUACAAGGACCUCACAAUGAUCCCUGUUUUGCUGCAGACCUACGCUCUCAUGCAAGCCAUUCCACUCAGCGCCCAUGCUCACUUCCAGGCACAGAAGGUUUGCAGAGAUAUAGUGGAAACCCUUUUGGCCUUCACACAGCCAGUGACCUCGGAACCAAGUACAGAAACCGAGGCCCUUAACAAGAGCCUGUGGACUCUGAUGAUGACUGAAGUGUUUAAGUUUACUGUCUCUACACCCAACAAUUUCCUGCCAGGACUGUCCCUACUGUCAGAGCUGCUGCCUUUGCCUCUACAGGUCCAGAGCCGUUCUCCGUUGCCGGAUGAAGAAAUUACUCGGGUUGUCAAUUGUCGUAAAUUAUGGUCAGCCCAUCUCCACUGCCUCAGCAGCCUGAUACAUGAGAUGAUCAGCACCAUGUGCAGCAGCAGUUACAACCCGCUACUACAGCUGCUGAGAAGUGUCUGUGUCCAGUUGGCAGACCUGGCUGCUCCCACCGCUCUCACUGUAACUAGGGCAGUGCUGGACACUAUAGUGAAAGCAGUGAGUUCAGAGUGGCCUGUGUCCAGCCACAUGAUGCGACUGUUGACGUUCCUGGCGUGUCUGGCGACUCACGCACCCGUCAAGGCCGCCCUCCUGCACCUCACCAUUAGGAACAACAGUGACAAGACCCAGCGAUACCCGGACUUGAUCGUGAGCCUUUGCCACAUACUGCGGGCCAACCACGAGUCUCCCACACAUGUGCAGGCUCAGGAGUGUAUACUGUCAGUGAUCCAGUCACUGUGUCAUUGCGAGCUGACACUGGUGCCACCGCCAGGGAUACUGCAGGGGGGAGCGGUCUCCACCGAGAUGUACUUGGCAAACACGCUGCCCCCACGUGAUCUGCUCGGAACACUGACUCUGGUGAUGUUGGAACACGCAGCAGACCCAGGACACAGCCAGACCACUGUGCAGGGCUGUCUGCGAGCUUUCCUCAUGCUGACGGAGCACGACUAUGGUUUCUUCCACCUCAAAAACUGCCUGGAAAAGAAGCCAGAUGCUUUGUACAACGUUGUGACCAAGAUUGUCAGUGUGUGGGGACCAGAGGCGAGGGAGACACUCAGCUGUCUGCUGGAACUGCUCAGGGGAUGUCUCACUCCGGAUGCCCCAGAUGAGGUUCUAGGACUACCGGCCCGCACAUUCACUGUGACAGCUCCAGAGUUGGCGAACCUGUUGGGUUGGGGACGCCACUCAGACAGCAAGCAUCCGCUCUAUGCUGUCAACACUCUGUUGCAGGAGAGCAGAGCUGAAGAUGAGAGUCUGGAGACUUUGUGUGAGAAUGUGACAGAACUAAUACGGCUCCUGGAGUCUGAUGGAUCUAAACCCUUAGAGCCAAAAGAACUGAGCGAGCCACUACUGCCUGCACCCGACAGUCUGCUGGCGCAGUGGUCAGCACGACCAGUGUUUGUGGUGGGAGACGUGGAGGAUGACAGGCUGACAGUCAGUUACUGGCUCACAGUGCCCCAGCCAGACGAUCAAGACAGUGACAUGCAACAGGUGGGAUGUGACCUGAUGGAAGUGGCCCGUGUGGAAUUGCCCGAUCUACCACUGGCGGAGAGAUUGGCAACACUGUGCCGUCACAAGGCAGCGCCUGGAGACCUGGAACACGGGAAUCCUCCUGGGAAGAAGCGCAGCAACAACAUGGCCAGUGAGACCAACACCAGGCGGCCCUUCAUUGCUCCGAUGAGGGGAAGAGGGUUCCGGGGAGCUGUUCAGCGUGGAGACAUGUUCCGUUCACGACCGCCAAAUACCUCCCGUCCCCCCUCCCUUCAUGUAGAUGACUUUGUUGCACUGGAGACCUGUGGUCAGCAGCCUACUGGUCCCACAGGUUACAACAAGAUCUCCAUGAGGGUGGCCCAGGACAUGAUAGCUACAAGAGUGAGGGGUCGGGCCCGGCCGUUCAGCGGAGGACGGUUCUUCCCAACCCCUUAUGCCAGGAGAGACAAUGGUAACGGACGUGGAGGCCUUUCCCCUCAUUGGCAUGGAGAGGGGCCCAGUGGUGGAGGCUCAGGUCCUGGUGGGGGGGGAUUCCGGGCCCCUCCUCCUCCUCACGGCUGGCCCCCACAUAUGCGCUUUUUCUCAAGAUAACUAACAACAGUUAAUUACCUCAAAGUGGAAAAAUAAGAAAGAAUUUUUAAAAGCUAGUUUGAAAUAAUUUCCACAACACCAUAGCUCCUAACCAAUACUUUAGCUGUAUUUGUAACUUUUAAACUUUGCAGUCAAACUUGAUCUCACACUGGAAAAUGUUCAUUUUGAUUUUAUCUUAAUAUUUUGUCAAUGAGGUUGACAGAACGAGGUAUUGACAAAAAAACUGUAAGUGGUAGUUAGUUUUUAUGUUAACUAAUUAAAAUCUUUUUUUAUAUAAAACUAUAAAUAAUAUUAAAUCAAUUAGGCUCAUAAUUGUGUAAAAAGUUAUUAUUUUGAAACAAUGUUAGUUUUUAUUAUUACAGUAAAACUCUGGUUAACCGAAUUUGGUACAGUCAAAACCUGGGUCAACUGAAACGGAUCCAUGAAUGGUAGUGUUUAUAAAUAAAUGAAGUAAUAGUUUAUACGCUACAGUAGAACACUGUGCAACCAAGAAUUCUUUGGCAGAAAAGUGCAUGUGUGCAUGGCUGCAGCGAAUGGCCAGGAAAAUAAUGUGUCUCGAUGAUUUAUCCUCACCCUCCUGCGCCAACCGCAUCUGCACUGCGCCACACAGCAUCUGCCGUUUUGUUGCGCCAUGCCAGCACGCACAAUUACUAUUAGUCAUCUCCCCCGCUUUUGCCUCUAUUCCAAAAUUAUAAUUUACAGAAAUUGUUUGUAUGAAUUUCAUUUCCCCUACACUCACAUUCUAGUAGCUUGUUUUUUCCAUGUUAUUGGGAUAACUGAAUAAUGGGUUAUUUCAAAUGGCUGCUACUUCUUUAUUUUGGUUAAUCAGGGUAUUACUGUAUUUUUAAGAAUAUUAAUUGUAAAUAAAGUUCAAGUAAUCAGUUCUUGUUGAAUUUCACUUGUUUAAAUAAAGGAUCAUUUUUCACCACA